CUUCCGGCAAUGUCAACCAAAGUGCGUGAUUAAACCAGGGAAUUCAAUGCAAAUGGCGGUCUAGAGCUGGCAUUGCUAUAUAUCUACACAUAACUAUCAUAUACAUUCUUUUACAGGCUUGCCAUUACCGAAUGCAAGAUGCAGACUGAUUUCGUUAAAUUAAUUUUGUUUCACACGUCGUCUUGUAUUGCAUAAUUACAAUACGGCUAUCCAGAAAGGGCGCACACGCUCGGUCUCCGCCGCUGAAACGGUCGCCGUUCAUCAGGAACGGAAAAUGCCGCACAAAAAGCAUCACUACAAACAUUACAACCCGGACCCGCCGACGACAGCUACACAGCGGGACCCCCGGGCACCUGUUGGCCCACGUGGUCCCAACGAUGCUCUGAUGGCCACAACCUACCGUGUGGAGCUAAAUACAUGUCAUAGCACAACUGCUGAGAAAACCUACAGAAAUGUGUUCAAAGAAGGCAUUAUGGAAGAGGAAAGAAAGGCCAUUACAUCCAACCAGCAGUACCUGCAGCGGAACGCCGAUGCGUGUGAGGGCAAGCGGUUCCUGCGCGAGCAGAGCGCCCUCCGGCGGCUGAGACACCAGCUGUGUGAGCAGCUCCAGCUGGACCACCGCUCUCUGCUCGAGGUGCGGAGGGCGAGGAUGGCCGAGCUGGUGCUUGCCGAGGGUCGUCAGCUGGACGAAGAGCUCGCUCAGCGUGGCUUGGCACUCUACGAUCAGAGGAUCUAGAUAGCCGCUUUUCUCCUCAUCUGUGCUGCUGAGAGCGCCAUCAACUGCGGCCGAUGGACAGGAGUGAUGUGAUUUUGUCCAGAAAAUGUGACGUAAAUGAGAUAUUGUGAGCUACAAAAUGUCGCUAUUUUAACCCACAAAUUUGUACAGAAGGAAAACCCGGGCUGAAAAG